AUGAGAAACCCGGCCAAGACCUUCAGUUCAUGGCAUGCCGUCUAUGGUCCCAUUUACACCGUAUGGCUGCCACAUCCCAUGAUAGUGAUGGCAAGCCAUGAAGUGCUCAAAGAAGCCCUCAUACGUCAAGGACCUGCAUUCGCCGGACGUCCUUCUGGGUACAUAUGGUCGAUGUUCACAAAAAACCCCGAGCAUGGUGACGGUAUUAUUCUUUGCGAAGGCGAGCGUUGGGAGCAAAUCCGCGAGUUCGCUCACAAGAUAUUCAGAAAUUUCGGUCUCGGUCGGACACAAAUGGAAGAAAAAAUUGUCCACAACAUCAAUUAUAUGAUUCAACACAUUGAUGCUAAACUGGAGGGAAAACAGCAAAUCCCGAUGGAUCUCGACGAGCCUAUCUCUUUGUGUGUAGCUAAUAUCAUCCAGGACUUCGUAUUGGGAAAGUCCUACAAAUUUGGCGAUCCACAAUUCCGCAAAUUUAAAGACCUUAUAGAUGCUGUGCUAGCUGACGUAGCCUCCAAACCAGUUCAGCUUGUCAACGCGUAUCCGAUUCUUGCUUACUUGCCAAUUCCCGCUCUUAGACGAUACAAGGAGAACGGAUUUGCAUUGCAGAGGUAA